AAGAGUCUCGGACGCUCAGCUGACGUUUCUUGGGAUGUGUGCGGAGUCAGACAAACCGUCAAGCACACCAGCACAUUAAACCGCACUAGACUUGUAGGAAUAAGGAAGACUGAGUAAAAAGAACGUUAUUAACCAUACACAUCAUCUUGAAAAGAGAACGUUGUAUGUUCUAUAUAAGAUACCUAGUUUUAGAAUUUCUGGUAAAAACAUUCACCAUUGAUUAACAUAACGGACCUAGGUCGGUCGGUAUGGUCCGAGACCGUUGCCAUGCCAGCCAACAUAAAUGUUAUACGUUUCUAAGAGGAUGCUUUGCAGACCACAAGAUAGUGAACGCAUGUGUGCCAACACGUUUUUGAUUUUAGACUUAGUGAUCGUUUGUAGUGUCUUUGGGCACAUUGUUUGUAGACAAGCAGACAACAAUACAGGUAUUUCUCCCUCUUAUCGCCCAGAAAGAAACUUUGAUAAUGUUAAGGAAGAGCCCCCUUCUCGUCCAAACAGCCACUUCACUAGUGAUGGUUAUAAUCAGCCGUACUUUGGAAACAACACAGAGAGAAAUGUUACCGUUCAGCUGGGGAAAACAGCUUAUCUAAACUGUAAGAUAAAUCAGCUCGGAGACAGGACGGUAUCCUGGGUUCGUCAACGUGAUCUCCACAUAUUGACCGUUGGCAGUUACACUUACACCAGUGAUCAGAGGUUUAAAUCCCUUCAUCUGGAAGGAACAACAAACUGGACGCUGAAAAUUCAGUACACUCAGAAGCAAGACGCUGGAAUUUACGAGUGCCAGAUUAGUACCGAGCCUAAACUAAGUCUGAAUUACACUUUGAACGUUGUUGUGGCUAAAGCAGUAAUUAUAGAAGGAGAAAAACUUUACAUCCAGAGUGGAAGUACAAUCAACUUGACAUGCGUCAUAAAUAACAAUACUUCUCCUCCUAUCUUUGUGUUCUGGUACCACAAUGGUAAAAUGAUCAACUACGAGACUACUAAAGGAAUUGAGGUAGUAACAGACAAGGGUCCGACAACAGUGAGCAAGUUGAGAAUUGAGAACGCUAAGCUGAGUAAUUCUGGGAAUUAUUCUUGUUCCCCUUCGUAUGCUUAUUCGGCAAAUAUUACAGUACAUGUACUUGAUGGAGAUAAACCAGCUGCCAUGCAUCAUGGUCGACAUACCAGCCAAGGAACCGUGAUCACCUAUAACAUCGUCCUUUUGCUUACUACGUGGAUUCUGGCCCAUACAUUGUGCCUUGAGACGAAUUUCGAACGCAGUGGAACUUGGAACCAACCCAGCUGAUUUUCUUCAUCGUAUCGGUUACAGAUCCCUGUGUGUGUGUGUGUGUAGUGUUUGGUAUCAAACACUACUUGUUUCUGUACUUGUAUGAUGUCAGUUAAAUCCGUGUAUGCGGUGUGCUGUUAAAAGUUUGGAACAAUUUAUCAUUAAAGUAUUCAGCCCAGAGGAAAAUCGGGCUAACCGUCGUUGGACUAUCACUGUUUUAUUUUGCACAGUAUCUAACUUCUUGUCACAUUGAAGAAACAACAAAAACAAACAUGGAAAAAAGUUACUUGUCAGUUGCUCAGAGUGACUCCAUUAACGAAUUGUUCUUUUAACCCCUGAAGUGAAUGAUGUUAUUUCAACUUGUGCGCUCAUUGUGGCUUGUCAUAGAAAUUUCAUGAAUGAAACAAACCAGUAUCUUUUUCUCCAAAAAGAUGAUCCUGAAAUUCUCAAUAAUAUUGAUAUUCGACUGGGGUAUAAUAUAUAUAUAUAUAUAUAUAUAGUAGAAUGUCUGCCUGUGUAUUCGUGUUACAUUAUGUAGACGUAUAAAAAUUACACUAAUGGCAUAAGGCAGUCUUUGAGUUUACUUCAGAGUCGAUAAAGUUGAUGAGUGAAGUAAACGUACAGACACUGUUAUCUAGGUGUACAGUGCUGCCAUUUUUAAUAUGUAUUUGGUAAAACCCACGACAUAAAAUGAGCUCAUCAGCUUUAGUGACUUGUCGUAGAUCAAAGAAACUGUCGCUCUUGUUUAUUGCCUGUAACGCUGUCACAAGUCAGCUGUAGAGUCUGUUGAUAUGCUAAUAAACAAUGUGUUGGUAGAAGUA